AUGCCCUCCGGACGCUCCUUUCAGCUGAACUCGGGACACUCGAUCCCCGCGAUCGGUCUAGGCACUUGGCAAUCGCGCCCGACUGAGGUCGCCCGCGCAGUUGAGCAUGCGUUGCGGCAUGGGUAUCGGCAUAUUGACGCCGCAGCAGUCUAUGGUAACGAGGAGGAAGUGGGCGCAGGCAUUAAAGCCUCGGGCAUUCCUCGCAAUGAUAUUUUCCUGACCUCAAAACUAUGGAAUACGCACCACAAGGCGGAGGAUGUAGAGGAGGCUCUUGAUCAGUCUCUUGCCGACCUCGACACUGACUACGUUGACCUAUACCUCAUCCACUGGCCCAUCUCCUUCCCCAAACCGGCGGAGAAGAGUCUGCGGUUCCCGCUGGGUGCUGAUGGUGGAGUCGAGGUCAUUGAGGUGCCUAUUUCUGAGACUUGGAGAGCGAUGGAGGCCCUCGUCAAGAAAGGGAAGAUAAGGAGCAUUGGGGUGAGCAAUUUUAACAAGACCAGGAUGGAGGAGCUCCUCAAAAUCGCCGAGAUCAAACCGACUGUCAAUCAAAUCGAGGCCCAUCCUUAUCUACAGCAACCAGAGCUUCUUGAGUGGUCCAAACAACAGGGAAUUCUGAUCACCGCCUACAGCCCCUCAGGGAACAAUAUCUAUAACCUGCCAAAGGCACUGGAUGACCCGGAGGUUGUGGCCAUUGCCAAAGAGAUCGGCCGCCAGCCUGCUCAGGUUCUCAUCCAGUGGGCCAUUCAGCGUGGCACUGUGGUUCUCCCCAAGUCGGUAACGCCGAGCCGCAUCGAGGAAAACUUCCAGCAGUUUGAGCUACCAGAGUCUGCUAUGGAGCGUAUUAACCAGUUGGAUAAGAACCACAGGUACAAUAUGCCUGCCCGUCUAGGCGUUGACGUGUUUGGAGAGCACAAUGAAGCAUUCCUGAAAAAAGCCCGAGCGGACUGGAUCGCGGCCCAGAAGGCCUUGAAAUAG